AUGAACACCCUGCAAGAAGCAAGCCGGGUAUACAAGGCCUUCCAGAAAGGAGGGCCGACUUUCGGAGGAUGGCAGAUGCUUCCAGGCACGAAUCACGCGCGGGCAAUUGCCCGUUCAGGCGUUGAUUGGAUAUGCGUCGACACGGAGCACGGCAACAUCAACGACAGCCAAAUGCACGAAGCCGUAACCGCCAUCGCCCACGCGGGCGUAAGCCCUCUCGUCCGCAUCGCCGCGAACGAACCCUGGAUGGUAAAGCGUAAGUUACCCUUUGCCACCUACGCCUCCCAUUCCAAGGUCUCCAAGUGGAAAUCUAACACCACCCCAGGCGCCCUCGACAGCGGCGCCCACGGCGUCAUAGUCCCGCUCAUCUACACCGUCGACGACGCCAAAAAGCUCGUUUCCUCCGCCAAAUUUCCGCCAGAAGGAACGCGCGGCUUCGGCUCACCGCUACCAACACAGUGUUUCUCAAAUGAACCACUGACGUACUACCUGCGCCACGCAAACACUUCGCUCCUUACCAUCGUGCAGAUAGAAACAGCGUCGGCGCUAGCGUGCUGCCGUGAAAUCGCCGCCUUGCCCGGUGUCGAUUGUUUGCUGAUCGGGCCCUUUGAUCUCGGCAACAAUAUCGGUCAUCCUAUUUUGACUCCACAGAUGGAUAAGGAGCUGGAGGAGGCGAUUGAGACGAUCAAGGAGGCGGCGCAUGCGGAGGGGAAGAAGGUGGCUAUGUAUUGCAACUCGGGCGAGGAUGCGAGGGGGUAUGUGGAGAGGGGGUUUGAUAUGGUAAGUGUGUUGACGGAUCAGAUGGGGAUUACGGGGGCGUUUGAGCGGAGUUUGGGGGUUGCGAGUGGGAAGGUGGAGGGGAGUGGGGUCAAGGGGGUUAAGGGGUAUGAUGGCAGGUAG